AUGAGUAGUAGUGGUAUGUGUUUCACAGUUGAGGUGAUUGAUAAUGUAGUUGUGGGUGUAGAAGAACCAUGGAAUGAUCAUUGGUUACCAUUUACGAAUCUAGACUUGCUUGUCCCACCGUUUGACAUUGGUUUUUUCUUCUGCUUCAAGAAAACAUCUAAUGAAAGUUUCUCCACCGUAUUAAGCACCCUCAAAGCUUCCUUAUCUCGAUUUCUUGCAGUCUACUACCCCCUCGCCGGCGAUAUCAUAUGGAAUCAAGCCGUCGGAGAGAAUCAAAUUCACUGCAACUAUCAAGGCGUUGACUUUAUCACAACUACUGCAGACUUGCAGCUCAAGGAACUCAAUUUUUACAAUCCUAAUGAGAUCAUUGAGGGUAGACUAAUGCCAAAGAAAUCACGUGCAGCGUUAGCUAUUCAGGUGUGA